CGUUUUAGGACCAAGCCACGGAAUAUCGUUUUUUCGCCGCCGACGACACGAAGGAUGGAGACACGGCGCCGCGCCCUCGCGGUCGUGGCGAUGGCCUUGGUCGCGCUGUCGACCAGCGUCCAUGGCCUUGGCUCUGCUGAUGGCUCUAGCAGCAGCAUCUUGGACAUCACGCCGCCGCCCGCGCAGCCGAUCGGAACGCACGUCGUGCCGCCGAGCAACCACACAGCCGUCGACGACGUCGCCUUGCCGAGCCCCAACACAACCGAGGCGCACGCGGAGAAGGCUGGCAUGGGCGACGAGCCACCGGCACCAGUGGUCGUGGAUGUGGCUUCCGACGGGCCGACGACGUUACCUGGCAAUGCGGAGCGACAAAAGCCCGUGGUCCCGGGCGAAGUCGAUAGCACCCACACGAGUCCGACCGAGUCCACAGCGGUCCCAACGCCGAUUCCAUCUACCUCAAAAAACGCACUGGAGCAUUCCAAGAACACGGAGCCUGCCAUUCUGUCUUCCUCGUGGAGUGAAGAGAGCGCUGAGAUUACGGGCGACGGGACGGCAAGCUCCGAAACAACCGCACCGUCUGCUACGUCCAGCACGACCAACGUACCUCUCCAAACAGCAACGUCUGCGCCAACGACGACGCCCGCGCCUACGACCCCGAAGGAAACAACGCUUGCACCUACUACCGACGCUCCAACGACACUUGCGCCUACGACAGAGGCUCCAACGACAGAAGCGCCGACAACACCCGCGCCUACGACGACGCAAAUGGUAACAACCAAUGCACCCACGACGGCGUCCAAGGCAACGAGUCGUCCGGCCCUGCGGACUGCGGCGCCUGUGGACGGCGGCGACGGUCUCGAGGAAGGCGACACGACCAAGCCCGCGGGGGUGCUCGAAGGCGAUGAGAACACCGUCGUCGUCAACAACGAUGCGCGCCCGAGCAGCAACAAGAACCGCGCGACCAAGCCGACGAUGAUGUACGCGACCAUCGGCUUUUUCGGCUUUGGCGUGCUCUGCGUCUUUUUGAUUCUGCGCCGGCGCCGGUCUCCGACCUCGUCAUCGCCCCGCCACCACCGGCCGGCAGCGCCUACCGCAGGCACGUACGCCAAGCUGGCCAACCCGCACGACCCGUAUGACGACGUCGAUGACAUGGACUGGGACGAGGAGACGUGGGACGAUGACGCGGCGACGUCGACGCCCCGACGCCGGUUGUCGCCGGACGCCCACAACCCGUUCUCGCGCGGCCGACCGGACCCGAGCCCGCCCAUGACGCCGCGCUCGGCGCCAGUCAUGGAGACGACCAUGAGUGCGCCUGUGAUUCCUGUGCUCCCACCGCCCGCGCCGACGCUCGCCCAGCCCAUUAACCCGUUCGCAGUGAACCACGACGUCUUUAGCGAGUUUGGUAUGGUGCCCCAAGUGACCACGGCGACCAAGACGCCACCGACGUCGUCGUCGCCGCCAAAGUCGCAGAGCUCGCCACCCAAGCCGACGACAACACCCGCGACUAACUUAUUUGCGAUGGAGAUGGACGACCAUGCCGAUGCGUCGGGCUGGGACGACGACGAGUGGGCCACCUAAACCAUCAUACAGUUGCAUCGCGAGCCAAGUUAUCCCCAGACCCUUUCGAUCCGGUCGCAUGCUAACGAAUAAGCAAAGUAGAUUGUGUAGCAACUUGCC